CCCUCUCUCUCUCAGCCCCCUCUCUCUCUCAACCCCCUCUCUCUCUCAGCCCCCUCUCUCCUUCUCAGGUUCAGACCUCUGCACCGCGCCUUCCUCCGCAGGUACCUGGUAACCCAGAUAGAACUCCAGGUCUGUAGGCCCAUGGCCCUCCAUUCUCUCCCCCAGUGAGCGGUGAGCCACGCUGGCCUCCCCAGCCCCCGCCCUGCCCCCGGACCCAGAGCCAGAGCCAGAGCCCAGCCCGGCCAGCCGAGAGGAGGAGCAGUAUGUAAGCCUGCCUGAACCACCCACCCCACCACCACCAUGCAGGGAUGCUGAGACCCUCACUGAUGUGUGUAACACUGCUAACCUGCCGGAAGUUGAGAUCAUCAGUCUGUUGGAGGAGCAGCUGCCGGUGUAUCGGUUACGUGCCGACACCGUCUUCGGUUACGACCAUGACGACUGGCUACACACACCGCUACUGUCACCAGAUGCACGUAUCGACCUGACCACAGAACAGAUCGAGGAGACGCUCAAAUACUUCUUGCUAUGUGCAGACAGAGUGGGCCAGAUGACGAAGACCUACAAUGACAUCGAUGCUGUCACACGUCUGCUGGAGGAGAAAGAGAGGGACCUGGAGUUGGCUGCUCGGAUCGGCCAAUCCCUGCUCAAGAAGAACAGAACGCUCACAGAGCAGAAUGACUACCUGGAGGUACAAGUGGGACACAUCACAGAGGAGGUGGCCCAGCUGCAUCAUGAGUUGAACCUGAAGGAUGAGUUGCUGCAGUUCUACACCAAUGCAUCAGAGGAGAGUGAAGAGGACUCUACUACUGGCUCACCCACGAGUAAGCGGAGUAAGCUGCUGGGUGUAUCAGGGUUUGGAGCUGACUCUAUGCAGAGGAAACUCAGAGAUCUGGAGGAAGAGAACCUAUCUCUUCGCUCAGAGGCCUGUAAUCUGAAGACUGAGACUGAGACCUACGAGGAGAAGGAACAACAGCUGGUCAAUGACUGUGUUAAAGAACUCAGACAGUCCAGUCUGCAGAUAAACACCAUAGCGGAGGAGUUGGCUCGGAAGACCGAGGACGCCAUGCGACAGCAGGAGGAGAUCACACACCUGCUCUCUCAGAUAGUUGACCUACAGAAGAAAGCCAAGUCGUACGCAGUGGAGAAUGAGGAGCUCUCUCAGCACCUAGGGGCAGCUAAAGAUGCCCAGAGACAACUCACAGUCGAGCUAACAGAAUUGGAUGAUAAGUAUUCAGAGUGUAUAGAGAUGCUCCAUGAGGCUCAGGAAGAGCUGAAGUACUUGAGGAACAGAAACCAUCCUGCUGGAACACCACGUAGAUUCCACCCUCUGGGUCUCUACCCUAUGGACUCCCUGGCAGCAGAGAUAGAGGGGACGAUGAGGAAGGAGAUGAGUCUGGACGACCCCGAGUGCGAGGAACAGAAGGUGCACCACAAGCGUGUGUUUGAGACAGUGAAGAACAUCAACCAGAUGGUCCGACAGCGUUCUCCAAUCCCGUCCAACGCCAACAUCCCGGGAUCCAAUCAGGCGUCGUCUCUUAGCUCCGCUCACUCAAGUGGCAGGACCACGCCCAUGGCUGGUAGCAUUAGCUGGGAUGCCAGAGGUGACGGCGUCGCCCUUGACAACCGACAACAGAGCAUGCUCAUGGAGUCAGCAGCAGACAAUCAGGACAGUGUGGACGCCCGUGCUAAGAAAGCAGCUGGUGUUGAGGACCUGAGGCUGGCGUUACGCCGCCUGUCCCUGCGUCGCCAGAACAAUCUGAGCGAGAGACGCUUCUUCGAGGAGGAGAGAGGAAGGAGGAGAGGUGGAGGAGGAGUUGCGCAGGAUGGGGGGGGGCAGGGGGGUGGGAUGACCCCCUCAGAUAGCAUCAUGUCUCUGGGGUCAUUACACCUGUGGGCCUCCCGACCAUACCUCCCCGACAAACUACAGAUCGUUAAACCCCUGGAAGGCUCUGCGACCCUUCACCACUGGCAGCAGUUGGCUCAGCCCCACUUAGGAGUGAUCCUGGAUGCUAGACCUGGGGUUGUACCUAAAGGCUUUAGGCCUCUGGAACUAGAGCUGGAACAGGUGUAUCCAUGGGGUGGUUUCGAGGAGGAUGAACCAGGAGAGCAGUACUUCCAGAGUCUCCCCACCUCCUCAGCCUCCGCCUCCCCCGCCCUCCCCCCUCAGCCUCACCCUCCUCACCCCUCUACGCCCCCCAGCCACCUCGCCUCACCCUCAACCCCCUCUCCCUCCCCUCACCUAAGCAACACUGAUCCUGCAGCGGUGUACUACCCAGGUAAAUGCAUGGCCCAUACCAGCUCUACCUACACCUUCACUACCUGUCGUAUCCUACACCCAACUGACGAGCUGACCCGCGUCACACCCAGUGUUAACCCCGGCAUGUCCUCGUCAUCCUGUGUGAUGACAUCAUCUAUCCUGGCCACUCCCGCUGCCACGCCCUGUCACACACCCCGCAGGAUGAGUCUACUACGACCCUCUGAGUCCUCUACCAACCUCAGGGAAGCCACACGUACCACCAGUACCUCUCUGGGAUUAGUGCGCCUUCUGCAGGAGAGAGGCAUCUCUGCAGCCAUGUACCACCACCAGACCCAGGGCUGGGACAGGGCUGGCGGGCCCGGGGUGGGGAGCGGAGGGGUGCUAUUCAGUACAUCUAUCACCCCUAACCUCCACCCAGCCCCCCACCCCAACUCCCUCCGCCCCUCCACUCCCCCCAACUCCCCCACAGGACACGAUCCCCCAUCCUCGGGGACCAACACCCCCGCGGGCUUCGACUUCAAGUCUCCUUCCUAUGACAACUUCCUGGCCUCCAAGCCGGCACGGUCCAUUCUGAAGGAAGUAGCGGGGGGGAUGGGGAGCAGCCGGAGCAGGAGGCAGCAGAGGGGGAGAGACUGUGAGAGCCAGACAGAUGUUAGCGUCACAGUUCAUAACCUCAACCUGGUGGACAAGGUGAGGCGCCUGGGUGUGGCUGGGUGUCCUCCAGGAUCAGGGGGUGUAACCGGGGGACCAAGCCCCCUCCUGGGGCCUCUGGGUGGGCUACGGAGGCCCGGGUCGCCCUUUGGACCAGAGGGGAUGAGGAGGAACAGGAGUUAUCCAGCUAUGGUAGGGGCCAGUAUGGCGAUGAAGGGCCCGGGGCCCCAGGAGGACUCAGAACUACUCCUGCCUCCUAACAAAAUGCCUAAAGAGAAGAGCCUCAAGUAGAGUCUGGGACCUCUGGCCUCUAACCCCUGACCCCUAAUAUUAACGCUAACCAACUAGUUUCCCCAGGAGACUGAACUUCUUACUUGUUACUUACCUGUUAGACCUCUGGUACUAUAGCUAGUUUUUCAAAAUCCUACAAACUAUUGGUACUCCUGGUCUAGCUAUUGACAAAUGACAACCAGUCACCUGACAACCAGUCAUCAGCUACUGACAAUGAAUUGGUCUUCUAGUUCUAUCCGAUGCUUAUCCUUCCAGCUCCAAAACCAAAUGGCUACCCUGCUGUCUGCUACUGUUUAACCAGCUACCAAACUAGUACUAACAAUAAACAAUGAUCUUCCAUAAUAGCUCAAAAUGUUCCUCUCUAGCCCUUGAACACAACUACUUCUCCCUGCUGUAGUCAAUGAAAUGACAUUGAACCAAUGUGGAAUAGACAUUGAAUUGAUGUCUGCGCCCAGUGGGGGGGUAAGCUCCUCACAUGUAGACUAAGCGUACUGUAUGUAGUUCAAACCAAAUUGUAUUUGUCACAUGCUUUGUAAACAACAGGUGUAGACUAACAGUGAAAUGCUUACUAAAGGGCCCUUCCCAACAAUGCAGAGAGAAAAAAAAGUAAUAAUUACACAAGGAAUAAAUCCACAAUGAAUAACGAUAACUUGGCUCUAUACACGGGCUACCAGUACCGAGUCGAUGUGCAGGGGUACGAGGUAACUGAGGUAGAUAUGUACAUAUAACUAGGAAUAAAGUAACAGAUAGUAAACAGUAGCAGCAGAGUAUGUGAUGAGUUAAAGUUAGUGCAAAAAGAAUCAAUGCAGAUAGUCUGGGCAGCUAUUGGUUAACUAUUUAACUAAUUAUUUACCAGUCUUAUGGCUUUGGGGUGGAAUCUGUUCAGGAUCCUGUUGGUUUCAGACUUUGUUUCAGACCCCUUACCAUUUGGUAGCAGAGAGAACAGUCUAUGACUUGGGUAGCUGGAGUCUUUGACAAUUUGCUGAGUAAGUUAGAUCAAACUUACACGUCAUGUGAUUGUCAUGUCAGCUGGAUUUGGAGCUUCUUCAUCACCAUGCAUUUAGAUGACUAGUAUCAUGUAGCACCAUUAACUAUAGUCUAAACCUUUCUUCCUAAGUAAUAAUGGAUUGUCAGAUAAUGUUGAAUAUGUACCAUUGCUAAUGGUAAAGAUUUUCCACCAAAUUCAUGAAAUAGAUGAUCAACUUUUUUGCUCAACUCUUUCUCCUUCUUCCUUUUUCUCUUCCACUCUCUCUUUCUCUCCCCCCCAACCCUGUUCUCAAUGAGAAGAAUAAGUCAUAGUUCACUUUUAAGAGUCUUGUUAAUGUUUUGUCUGUGUGUUAAAGUUUCAUUAGUGUUAUUUUUCUAAAUGACUAUAGACAAAGGGAAAAGGAUAGUGGUUUCAGAGUGGUCAGUGAGUGAGGGAAUUCUGAAAGGAUCAAUAUACCCACUGCUGGAAUGGAGACAGGGAAGGAGGAACAGAGGGAAGGGAUAGCGGUUAAACCGUCUUUGUGGUCAGAAGCUUUUCCUGCUUCUUACUUCAGACAAUUUCAAUUGCUUAAAUGAAUAAAAAAGCAUUAGGCCUCAAUAUGGUUUCUACAUCACUAUGCUCAUACUGGAUGUUUAUGUUCUUAUUCUAACAAAAGAGUUGUCCACUGAGUCACACUCGUUAGCUCGUUAGCUCUUACAUUGAUAUGUGUAAUUAUGUAAUUUAUUGACUAAACAGUCUUUUGAUUGAAUAUGCAAAACUAUUAUUAUUCACAAGCUUUUUACAUGUUAAGAUUUAACACAUAAAACACAUUUGCGGUAUAUACGGUAUAUAACACUAUAUUCAUUCAUUGUCAUUAGUACUGGAACACUCAUUUACAACAAUCCCGGUGAAAUAGAGUGGUGGUGUUCUAUACUAAACAAAAAUAUAAACGCAACAUGUAAAGUGUUGGUUUCAUGAGCUGAAAUAAAAUAUACCAGAAAUUGUC